AUGCCCCUCGACAUCGAAGAGCUAUUGCGCAAAAAGAAGGCAGCUGAUACCGCCGCCGCGAAACCUCGAUUCAUCCCAAAGGCUGAACGAGAGCGACUAGCAGCUGAGAAAGCAAAGAAGGAAGAGGACGACAAGAAGCGCAAAGCUUCCGAAGAAGAUCAGAAACGAAAAGAAGAAGAACAAAAAUGGAGAUCAAAUGGAUCAUCAAGACCUAACGAAUCGAAUGGAUCGGGGCGCGUGCCUACAGGUCCCAGGUCCAUGAACGACGGCCGAGAUGAUCGAGAACGCGAUCGCGACCAAGGACGAGGCCGAGGCCGAGGAAAAGAUAAAAAAGGAGAUAAGCAGGGAGUGGGCGCCGAUAAACAGUCAGCCGAGGACAUUGAAGCUACUCUGCUACGGUCUCGAUACCUUGGCCCACAGGUGAAUCAGCAAUCCAACUUCUCUGCGAAGAAGAAGCGCAUGCGAACGACAGAGAAGAAGUUCAACUUUGAAUGGGAUGCAGAUGAAGAUACCUCUCGCGACAACGAUCCGCUAUACGACCGGCAGACUGCUGUUAGCCAUAGCGGAUCAUUUACUGGUAUCGGCGGCGAAUUCGACGAUGGGGCCGAGGAACGAGCGCGCAAACGAGCGAGAAUGAUCGAACAAAGAGAUCUAGAGAAUGGAAGGGAGAGAGCAGAGGGUAUCAUGGAGGACUUUUUCCGAGCACGCGACAAGGCAAGGCAACGAGCGGAUCGAAGAGGACUAGGUAAGCAUUGGUCUGAAAAGUCUCUGGACGACAUGCGAGAACGAGAUUGGCGCAUUUUCAAGGAGGACUUUGGCAUUGCUACCAAGGGAGGCAUGAUCCCUAACCCCAUGCGCAGUUGGCAGGAGUCAAAUUUGCCGAAACGCCUACUCAACAUUGUUGAUGAUGUCGGAUACAAGGAGCCCUCACCCAUUCAACGAGCUGCUAUUCCUAUCGCUCUGCAAGCUCGCGAUCUUAUCGGUGUAGCCGUCACUGGUUCCGGAAAGACUGCUGCGUUCCUUCUACCACUACUUGUUUACAUCUCCGAUCUACCACCCCUGGAUGAAAUCAACAAGCACGAUGGUCCUUAUGCUCUCAUCAUGGCACCCACUCGAGAACUGGUCCAGCAAAUUGAGACUGAAGCUAGGAAAUUCGCAGGACCUCUUGGUUUCCGCGUGGUCAGCAUUGUUGGUGGUCAUCAAAUUGAAGAACAAGCAUACAACCUGCGUGAUGGUGCUGAAAUUGUCGUCGCUACACCAGGUCGUCUGCUUGAUUGUAUUGAGCGACGACUGCUCGUUCUCUCACAGUGUUGCUACGUGAUUAUGGAUGAAGCAGAUCGUAUGAUCGAUCUUGGUUUCGAAGAAUCCGUCAACAAGAUUCUCGAUGCACUUCCAGUCACCAAUGAGAAACCAGACACAGAUGAAGCUGAAAAUGCACAAAUCAUGCAGCGCUACCUGGGCGAUAAGGAUCGCUACAGGCAGACUAUGAUGUACACAGCCACCAUGCCACCUCUUGUAGAGAGGAUCGCAAAGAAAUAUCUCCGGCGCCCAGCCAUUGUCACCAUCGGUAACGCAGGCGAGGCCGUCGACACAGUUGAGCAGCGGGUCGAGUUCGUUUCAGGUGAAGACCGUCGCAAGAAGAGACUACAGGAGAUUCUCUCUUCAGGUGCAUUUGGGCCGCCUAUCAUUGUUUUCGUCAACAUCAAGCGUAACUGUGACGCUGUUGCUCGAGACAUCAAGCAGAUGGGAUGGUCUGCCGUCACACUGCACGGUUCAAAGACCCAGGAACAGCGAGAGGCUGCCCUCGGCUCUGUCCGCGCUGGCCACACACAAGUUCUCGUCGCAACCGAUCUUGCAGGUCGUGGUAUCGAUGUGCCCGACGUUUCCCUGGUCGUCAACUUCAACAUGGCCACGAACAUUGAGAGUUACACCCAUCGUAUCGGUCGUACAGGUCGUGCUGGAAAGAGUGGUGUGGCUAUUACUUUCCUGGGCCCUGAGGAUACUGAAACCAUGUAUGAUCUCAAGCAGAUCUUGAGUAAGAGCUCGAUCUCGAAGGUCCCCGAAGAAUUGAGGAGACAUGAGGCUGCCCAGUCCAAGCCAGUACGUGGCGCUAAGAAAGACAAGGACGAAGGAUCUGGAAAGGGGAACUGGCAGCACUGA